GUGUGUGUGUGUGUGUGUGUGUGUGUGUGUGGUGUGUGUGUGUGUGUGUGUGUGUGUUUGUGUGUGUGUGUGUGUGUGUGUGUGUGUGUGUGUGUGUGUGUGCUGAAGCACUGUGUGUUUCCGGGUGAUGAAGGGGAACCCCAGCUGAAUCCACCUCCUCCUCUGCGCUCGUCUUUAUAUGUGUUAGUCUCUGUUCCUCCGUGUGUGUGACGGAGAGUGUGUGUUUGUGUCGGAGAGUGUGUGUGUGUGUGUCUGGGAGCUCCAGACGCUCUCGUGGAGUGUGUCGGUGUGUAGCCGGCUCCAUGGCGUCCUGCCCCGGGGAGAACGAGUUCCCCUGCGGGUUUCCUCAGAGCAUCUGCGACGACCUGCCCCCCGUACACUUCCUCUGCAGCAGCUGCAACAACGUGCUGAACGAAGCCCACCAGACCCAGUGCGGACACCGGUACUGCCGAGCCUGCGUCAUGUGGCUCCUCAGAAAUAAUAAGGAUCUGAUUUGUACGAAGUGUAAAGAAGAUCCCGGCAGUGAGAGUGACUCCAGCAUGAUGCUCACUCUGGACCACUUCUUCAGUGAUAACGCCAUCAAUAAAGAGAUUCAGGAGCUGAGGGUGCACUGCGUCAACCAGGGCUGCGGCUGGAGGAGCACCCUGAAGGACUUUGAGGAUCACCAGAGUCAGUGUGAGUACGCUCUGAUCCCCUGCAACAUCGGCUGUGGUCUGAUGGUGCUGAGGAAGACUCUGGCCAUUCACCUGGAGAAAGGAUGUCCCAACAACAAGACCACAUGCCAGGUGUGCUGCUCCGCUCUGACCCCUGCUGAACUGCAGAAGCACUCUUGUUCUAAUGGAACUGAGAAGGAUCUGUCAAAAGCAGAGAAACGAAAGAAGGACAGUAAGCAGGAAAGCCCAAAGCGGAAAGAGACGUGUGUCUUUUCUGAAAUCGGAUGCACGUUUAAGGGUAACCCGGAUAAGGUCCGUGAGCACGAGGUCAGCAGCACCAGCGCUCACCUGCAUCUCCUGGUGGAGGUCGUCAGGAACGUCCAGAUGUCGGUCCCGCCCCCACCUGAGAGAACUGUCCAAUACCCUGCUCUGGAUCUGCACCUCCAAAACCAGGACAUGACCCCCCUUCCAGACAUCACUCUGAAUGGCGGCGAGUUGGAGACGGACAGCGGGGACACGGGAGCCAACGAUAAAGCCCUGAGUCUACACGACGACCAGGCCGAGCUGGAGGUGGGUCAGCAGCUCCACGCCCUCCAGCAGAGGCUUCAAAUCAUGGAGAACAUCAUCACAGCUCUGAACCGAGAGGUGGAGAAGACCCAGCUGACCGUGGUGGUGCUGGAGAGAGACAACCACAACAACAUGAACCUCAUCCAGCACCUAGAGGCUGUGGUAGCGGAGCAGCAGCAGAGACUGAUCAGGAAAGACCUGCAGAUCUCCUCCUUACAGCAGAGCAUCAGCGCUCAGCAGGACGUCUCCUACGACGGCACCUUCCUCUGGAGGAUCUGUGAUGUCAGUCAGAAGCUGAAAGAAGCUGCCACAGGACAGAAGAGCAGCCAAUACUCUCCAGCAUUUUAUACAUCCAGAUACGGCUUUAAAGUCUGCAUGCGGCUGUACAUGUACGGAGAUGGAGUGGGGAAAGGAACGCACAUCUCUCUUUUCUUUGUUAUUAUGAAAGGAGAUUAUGAUCCUCUGCUUUCGUGGCCCUUUAAACAAAAGGUGACGUUCUUCCUGAUUGAUCAGAAUCAGAGGGAACACGUGGUGGAUGCGUUUCGUCCUGAUCUCCGCUCUGCGUCUUUCCAGCGUCCCGUCUCUGAGAUGAACGUGGCCAGCGGCUGCCCGCUCUUCUUCCCUCUGUCUAAGCUGCGUUCGCCCAAGCACGCCUACGUGAAGGACGACACGCUCUUCAUCAAGUGUGUGGUGGAUCCGUCCUACUGAGCGGAAAAGGACUAACUGCAUCAACACUGUUUAAAACUAACGAUUUAAACCCAGAUUGGAAUUUCUUACUUCAAUAUUUAUUGAUUUUAAUAGCUCAGCUAUUUUGAGGCAGUCUUAAAAUAGUUAAUUGCCUUUACUAUAAUAAGGUACGGGUAUAUAUAUGUUUUUUUUAUACAUAUAUUUUUUAUAUCUUUAAUAUUUAUUUUUUUAUGAAACUGAAUGUACAUUUGAUGCCAAAAACAUGCAAAAAAAAAGUGAUUGUAGCAAAUGACACACAUUUUCAACACAUUUUCAAUAACAAAUAAAAUCUGAUGAAUAAA